UAAAUUUAUUUGUCCGACUUCACCAUCGCCAAGAUAAACUAUCCGAUUUACUAAAACACAUCUUGAACAAGAAGAGACGUCCAUCUGAAAAUAUAUCAUUAAUUUUUAUGCGCAUAUAAUUGUGACUCGCCCCAGCUGGCUAAGAUGUAUAUUUAUCCAUAUAUCUACAUAUAAUUUUUAUGCGCAUAUAGUUGUGACUUGUGUGGGUAUAUAAACAGAUAGAUAGCAGAACGAAAACCAUUCCCGACCCGAGAAGUUAUUCCUCCAAAUUUCAAUGGCCAAGCAAUUAGCUAACAGCUUCACUCGCUCUCUCGUGCCUGUGCUCCUGAUGUCUCUGUUUUUAGUAUUUACAGAAAUGCCAAUAGCAGAAGCGAGAGUCUGUCAGAGGCUCAGCACGACGUGGUUGGGUUUCUGUGGGAAUUCUGGCAACUGCGAUCGGCAGUGCAGGGAACGGGAAGGUGCUCUUCAUGGGGCUUGCCACACUAAGUUCCCUGGAGUCGCAUGCUUCUGCUACUUUAGAGCAUCACUGAUGGAGGGAGACGAGUUCCAAAUUCAGGGAAUCUACUCUGAUACCAUGUGCGCGUCCCAUCACAAAAAUUGGGAUAAAGAAAAUUUUGAAACUCAACACUCCAAUGGAUGGGACCAUUGGUCCCAUUAUUGGUCCCAAAUGAUUUUUAUGCAGGAUCCAGGACUUAUUUAAAAAAAAAAAAGAGCCGUUGGCAACGCUGCCAAAGGAUCCUUAUAUACAUACAUAUAUAUAUAUAUAUAUAUAUAAAGUGUAGUGCACGGUGGGUCCCAAGCGCUGCAAGACUCCGCCAGCUGACAGCGUCAGAGCGCCUAAUUGGUGCGCCUUGAAUUGGGACCGGAUUGGACCGGCUCAAAAUCCCAUUGAAGAUGUUCUUUAAUUACUGCUGAUGAAAGACCACCAAAAUCACUGUAUAUGGUCUCUACUUCUCUGCAUUCCUAAAUAAGCCGUCCUCUGUUGUUGGCAAUGUUUACCAUCAGUUCGUAAUAAGUCCCAUGUUUCAAAA